AUGGCGCGACGACCGAGGGGAGACGAUGCCUGGCUUGCGCCGAUUUCGAUUGACAUGUUCGUCCGCGUGGCAGUGACAACAGUCUUCCACCCUUUUGUCACAGCUCUCGUGCCGCUUUGCCUCCGCGCCAGGACGUACCCAUGGACCUCGACAUCCAUGAUCGUCUCCAUAGUGUGGGCGGCGUUCAUCUCAUUACUUUGGACCUUGUCCCUCAUCAACCGGCACAUCGCGUACGGUACCAAGCGCGAGGUUGACCUGAGCGAGGAGAUUGUAGUCGUCACGGGCGGGGCAGGUGGUCUGGGCGGUCUUCUGGCUGAGGUGUAUGGGAUGCGAGGAGCGAGCGUGGCUGUGUUGGAUGUUGCCGACGCCAGCGACGGUGAAGCCCGUGGGGUAUCGUACUACAAGUGCGACGUGGGCGAUCAGGAUGAACUAAGCAAAGUGGCGGCUCAAAUCGAGCAAGAUCUUGGCACACCUACCAUCCUGAUCAACAACGCAGCCGUCGUGCGCGGCAAGUCGCUGCUGUCUCUGCAGCCUGCGCAGAUUGAGUCCUCGCUCAAGACAAAUCUGCUAGCCCCUUUUCUCACGAUCCGUACCUUCUUGCCCGGCAUGAUCAGGAGCGCAACGGGGGGCACGAUUGUGAACAUCAGCUCCGUCAUCGGCACCCUGGGCGCCGCCCAGUUGACAGACUACGCGGCAGCCAAGGCUGGCAUCACGGCCUUGCACAAGUCGCUGACGGCAGAGCUGAGGAGCUCGCACCCCAACGUCAAGUUACUGCUUGUCACGCCAGGGCAGCUCACGACGCCGCUGUUCUAUGGCGUAGAAUCGCCCAGCUCAUUCUUUGCGCCCGUGGUGGAGCCUGUCGACGUGGUCAAGGAGAUUGUGGCAGCGGUGGAAAGCGGGAAAGGGGGCAUGAUCGGGACACCGCUGUACGCGAGGUGGGUGGACUGGUACAAUGUCCUGCCAGUAGGUGUACAGGUGCUGGCGAGGUGGAUAGCUGGUGUCGACCGCGGAAUGCAGACGUUCAAGGGCCGAGAGGGUAUGAAGAGCGACAAGGAGCUGUAG